AUGUCCUUGUAUUUGCUAAAUGUGCCACCCUCUUCAGAGCAAAAGUUAGACCUGCAGCCAGAACCCACCGUGACCUUCCUGUUUACCCUCCUGAGCACAGCGGAGCCCACUGAGUCCAAAAAGCCUGAAGAGGUCCUAGAGAACCAAGAGUGCCAGUUCCUGGACAAGGAAGACUGGGGCCCCCAGCGGACCUCAGAGGAAAUCAGCCAUUUGCAGAGUGAUUGCAGGAGACUUUGGGAGUCACUGAGCACUAUCCAAGCAGACAACCGGGCCCUGGGGGAAAAGCUGCAAAACCUGCCAACCUUGUCAUAUGAGAGCCUAAAGAAGGAAGCAAAGGCCCUCCAGGAGGAGGUGAAGGCUGUGGCGGAGGGAGCCCAGGCUGUCCAGGAGGGUGCCCAGGCCAUCCAGGGGGUGGCACUGUUCCAGCACCACAAGCCAACAUGUUCAGGGAGGGCCCCAAGGCCACACUGCUGUGGCGUGGGAGCAGAAAAAGCCUGUGACAGGGAUAUCUUGGGGACUCACUACCAGUCCUGCUUGUACGCCAGCAUCAGGAUUGCUGGGACAAAUGCUGGGGUCAUGGCCCUCCAGUGGGAAGUCCGGACAGGACCCAGAGAAGGAAUCGACGCGGGAGAUCAUCUCUGGGUGGCCUCUUUCAUCUUGCAUCAUGUAUGUGAAGACUCUGCAGUGAUAGCAACCUUGGAUCCUGGGCCCAUUCCCAGGAUCCGGGAUGUCUAUGCCAACUUCAGUGCCAAGGCCACGCGAGAAGAGAAUGAUCGGAAGUACAUUGAGGAGUCCAUCGGGAAACAGAGCAAGCGACACCAGUACGACAUCAGAGCCUACAGACUCGAGGGGAGCCUGGAUAACGCCCGGCACCGGACUGGAUUUCGUGAAACGUCCAACAUCACUGACUUUUCCGCCAGCAUGGCCAUGGGGGCUAGCAUCAGCGUUACCUGGACUGUCGGUCAGGAGAAGACCCCUGCCAACCGUGACCCCUUUCUGGUGACAAGAGCCCUCAUCCACACGCGUCUUCUCAGCAAAACUGGCAACAAACCCUUCUAG